AUGACUAACCAUGUGGAGGUCCCCAUGGUGGAUGGGCCUCACAUCAGCUUGGAAGAGUUCCCAAAACCUUGCCUGGAUAAAUACUGUGGGUGGCUGAUGCGAAACCUGCUGCUGACCCUCACCAUCGUUGGAGUGAUUUUGGGAUCUCUGUUUGGAAGUCUCCUGAGGUUGCUCCCACCUCUCGACAGCGACCUGAUCAUGCUGAUUUCUUUUCCCGGGGACAUCCUUAUGCGCAUGUUGAAAAUGCUGAUCUUGCCUCUUGUGAUAUCCAGUCUUAUUUCAGGUCUGGCCAGCCUCGAUGCCAAAUCCAGCGGGCGCAUGGGCACUCGCGCCAUGGUUUAUUACAUGUCCACCACUGUGCUGGCAGCCAUAUUGGGCGUCAUUCUGGUCUUGUCCAUUCACCCUGGCAACCCAAAACUCAAGAAAUCUCCCACGGUGGUGACCAGGAACGAGGAAGUCUCCAGUUUGGACGCUUUUCUGGACUUGAUCAGGAACCUGUUCCCAGAAAACCUGGUCCAAGCCUGUUUCCAGCAGAUCCAAACCGUCUCGACGAAGGUCCCUGUGCCCCCGGUUGUGGUCCGUAAGGAAAACGUGAGUCAGAUCGUCCACGCCAGCGGGUCGGUGCUCAACACCACCAUCACGGAGGUCAACGUGGGUCCCAGCACCGUGACCCAGAAGCAGCUGGAGUUCAAGGCUGGAAUGAACGUUUUGGGUUUGAUUGGCUUCUUCAUUGCCUUUGGCAUUUGCAUGGGGAAGAUGGGCGAGCAGGCCAAGCCCAUGGCCGACUUCUUCAACAUCCUCAACGAGAUCAUCAUGAAGCUGGUCUCAAUGAUCAUGUGGUACUCGCCGUUUGGCAUCGCUUCCCUCAUCUGCGGCAAGAUUGCCGGUAUCAAAGACCUGGAGAUGGUGGCCCGUCAGCUGGGCAUGUACAUGGUGACGGUCAUUGUGGGGCUGGUCAUCCAUGGUGCUAUAGUGCUGCCCCUCAUCUUCUUCGUCAUCACGCGCCAGAACCCCUUCCUUUUCUACGCUGGCAUCUUCCAGGCCUGGAUUACGGCUCUUGGCACAGCCUCCAGUGCCGGGACACUGCCUGUCACUUUCCGCUGCCUUGAGGAGAACUUGAAAAUCGACAAGCGGGUGACCCGCUUUGUGCUGCCCAUCGGGGCCACCAUAAACAUGGACGGCACCGCUCUCUACGAGGCUGUGGCAGCCAUCUUCAUUGCACAGAUGAACAGCAUACACUUAGAUGGCGGACAGAUCGCAACAGUCAGCCUAACAGCCACAUUGGCUAGUGUAGGGGCAGCCAGCAUACCCAGUGCGGGGCUGGUCACCAUGCUUUUAAUCCUGACAGCCGUGGGACUCCCGACCCAAGACAUCAGCCUCCUCAUUGCUGUGGACUGGCUACUGGACCGCAUGAGGACCUCCAUCAACGUGGUAGGCGACUCCUUUGGUGCCGGCAUCGUCCAUUUCCUCUCCCAGAAAGAGUUGGCGCUCAUUGACGGAAGGGGGGAGGAGCUUGAGACAGACCCCACUACCCUUAAGCUGCAGGCUCUGGCCAAUCACCAGGAGGGCUCCAUCGGGUCUGGCUACACCGUCUUGCCCAGCCAGGACGAGGAAGAGCUUCCAGAAAAAAUGGAUGCGGCGUCACAGUAUAGCGAGAAGGAUGAGGAGGGGCCUGAUGAAGAGGAGGAAGAGAAGAAAAAGGAAGAAGAAUAAGCACCUUUCCCCCACUCACGUGUCACACACACACACA